AGGCGAUUGCAGGCGGCCGGAGGCCGAGCAGGACGCGGCCCAUUGGCGCGGCGGGAUAUGAACAACCCAUCAUAAGCUUCACAGAGUUGCCUUCCACAGAGCCCAGCAGAGGAGUGGGUAAAGAUGAAGUCCAAUCCUGCCAUUCAAGCUGCCAUCGACCUCACAGCAGGGGCCGCAGGGGGCACAGCGUGUGUGCUGACCGGGCAGCCCUUUGACACGAUGAAAGUGAAGAUGCAGACAUUCCCUGACCUGUACAGGGGCCUCACCGAUUGCUGCCUGAAGACGUACUCCCAGGUGGGCUUCCGGGGUUUCUACAAGGGGACCAGCCCAGCGCUCAUCGCCAACAUUGCAGAGAACUCUGUCCUCUUCAUGUGCUACGGCUUCUGCCAGCAGGUGGUGCGGAAGGUGAUGGGAUUGGACAAGCAGGCAAAGCUGAGUGAUCUGCAGAACGCGGCUGCCGGCUCCUUUGCCUCUGCAUUUGCUGCGCUGGUGCUCUGCCCCACUGAGCUUGUGAAGUGCCGGCUACAGACCAUGUACGAAAUGGAGACAUCAGGAAAGAUAGCCAAAAGCCAGAAUACAGUUUGGUCUGUAGUGAAGAGCAUCCUUAGAAAGGACGGCCCAUUGGGCUUCUACCACGGACUCUCAAGCACUUUACUUCGAGAAGUACCAGGCUAUUUCUUCUUUUUCGGUGGCUAUGAACAGAGUCGAUCGUUUUUUGCGUCAGGGAGAUCAAAAGAUGAACUAGGCCCUGUCCCUUUGAUGUUAAGUGGUGGAGUUGGUGGAAUUUGCCUCUGGCUUGCUGUUUACCCAGUGGAUUGUAUCAAGUCUAGAAUUCAAGUUCUUUCCAUGUCUGGAAAACAGGCAGGAUUUAUUGGAACCUGUAUAAGUGUUGUGAAAAAUGAAGGAAUAAUGGCCUUAUAUUCUGGACUGAAACCUACUAUGAUCCGAGCGUUCCCUGCCAAUGGGGCACUAUUUUUGGCCUAUGAAUACAGCAGGAAGUUGAUGAUGAGCCAAUUUGAAGCAGACUGAUGUGUUCUAGUGAACCUGGAUCCAAGUACACGUGUUUGAGGACUAUAGGCCAUCUCAGGGUUUUAUGGAGUACAAGACCAAUGUAGAAUUAUUUUGAUUUCAGAGCAUUUUGUUGUCUUCCAUUUUUCUACCCUAAAUCUUAAACUUUAUGGAAGAACCUCAAUUUUACGUCAUUUAAUUUCUGCCCAUAAUUGUAUUGCAGUAGAAAAGUUGCUGCUCUUGUUUUUGGUAGGAUAUACAGGGUGAGUCUCUGGCCCUCUGUGCCUAAUCUGAAAAGUUAAACAUAAUUAUAUCAGGGAUUUUGCAUAAACUUGUACAUGUACAUGCAGUUCGGAUGGUUGUGUGUUGUGAAGCACAAUUUGUUCCGUGUUUAAUCUCAGAUCACACCAGAGAAACCCAGAGGUAACCAUAUUUCAUGAAGAUGGUUAUGAUUACUUAACCCA